AUUCCUAAAAAAGAUACGGAAAAUAUAUUUGAGAUAAUAGCUUAGGAAGAGAAGAUAUAGAUCUAGAUUCAUCAUACUAUGUUCCCAGAUAAUCAACCAAAAGUUUAUGGUCUUCCUAUUAAUCAUAAAUCUAAUUAUUUUAUUAAUAUGUGGAUUUUGUUGGAAGAAUUAAACUUUUAUCAUGUUACAGCUUUAGAUUAUUUAUCUGUUAGAUCCUUAGCCUUUAUAUAGAUGAUUGAGAUUGAAUAUCAACAAAUAGAUUAUUCGCAUUAUUUAUUAAAUAAGAGAAAUUGGGAAAAUACUAAUCUAUCUAAAUUAAGUUUUAAAGGAAUUAAUACCUUUAAUUGGUUGGAAGAAAGACCUGAUAAAUAGAGAGACCUAACUCUACUAAAUCGGAUUCGAGAGAUUGGAAUCAUUUGGCACUUGUUAAUUUAAGUAAUUCUUAAAUUAAUUCUUCUAUCAGUGGUGAGCUUGAUUAAUCCUGAUCAUCAACUGGUAAAUAAAAUAUCUCUUAGAUACUUAAAGAGAAAUCUUUUAUAAUCUAAUCUGUUCAAAUUCAAUAAGGUUAAUAGAAAAAGUCCUGCUUAGCCUCAUCUCGGUAAUUAAUCAUCGAUAAGGCUGGAGAAUAUUCUUCAGUUAUUGAUGGAAAAUUGAU